AUGGAUUAUAGUCAAUCUCCAACAGGAGAAGAUGUUCAUUCUUCCACCGCAGGCUCUGUCCAUUCCAGCCAAAGUUUCCAAGAGAUGAAAAAGGAUUCUCAAGAUUUCAAUGAAAUUGAUUCACAAAUUAUUGAAAUUCCAAAAAAACCCGCCUCUGCUUACCUCUCCGUCUGUAUCAUGUGUUUAAUGGUCGCUUUCGGUGGUUUCAUUUCAGGUUGGGAUACCGGUACCAUUGGUGGGUUCUUAUCUCAUUCAGAUUAUAUCAAUAGAUUCGGUAGUUCCCAUUCAGAUGGUAGUAAAUACUUAUCCAAAGUCAGAACUGGUCUAUUGGUUUCCAUUUUCAAUGUCGGUUGUGCUAUUGGUUCCGUUGUCUUAGGUCGUCUAGGUGAUACUGUUGGUCGUAGAAAGGGUAUUGUCAUUGCUGUUUUCAUCUAUAUCGUCGGUAUUGUCAUUCAAAUUGCUUCUAUUGACAAAUGGUACCAAUACUUCAUUGGUAGAAUUAUCGCUGGUUUAGGUUCUGGUACCAUUGCUGUUUUGUCUCCUAUGUUGAUUUCUGAAAUCUCUCCAAAACAUUUAAGAGGUACUUUAGUCUCUUGUUAUCAAUUAAUGAUCACUUUCGGUAUGUUCUUAGGUUACUGUACUAAUUACGGUACAAAGACUUACGAUAACUCAAUUCAAUGGAGAGUCCCAUUAGGGUUAUGUUUCGCUUGGGCUUUAGUUAUGAUUGGUGCUAUGUUUAUUGUCCCAGAAUCUCCAAGAUAUUUGGUUGAAAAGGGUCAAAUUGAAGAAGCUAAAAGAUCUGUAGCUAAAUCUAACAAAGUUACCAUUGAUGAUCCAGCUACUAUUCAAGAAAUUGAAUUGGUUCAAAUUGCCGUGGAAGCUGAACAAGCAGCUGGUUCUGCCUCAUGGAGUGAAUUAUUCCAAACUAAGACCAAAGUUUUACAACGUACUUUAAUGGGUGUUAUUGUCCUAGCUUUACAACAAUUAACCGGAUGUAACUAUUUCUUUUACUAUGGUACUAUUAUUUUCAAAGCUGUUGGUCUAGAAGAUUCUUUCCAAACAUCUCUUAUUUUCGGUAUUGUUAAUUUUGCUUCCACUUUUGUUGCCUUAUACGUUGUUGAUAAGUAUGGUCGUCGUACUUGUUUAUUAUGGGGUGCUGCUGGUAUGGUUUGUUGUAUGGUUGUCUUUGCCUCUGUUGGUGUCACUAAAUUAUGGCCUAAUGGUCAAGAUCAACCAUCUUCCAAAGGUGCUGGUAACACUAUGAUUGUCUUUUCUUGUUUCUUCAUUUUCUGUUUCGCUACUACUUGGGCUCCUAUUCCAUUCGUUAUUAUCUCGGAAUCUUUCCCAUUGAGAGUUAAGGCUAAAGGUAUGGCUUUAGGUACUGUUUCUAACCAAAUGUGGAAUUUCUGUAUUGGGUUCUUUACUCCUUUCAUCACUGGUGCCAUUAAUUUCUACUAUGGAUAUGUCUUUUUAGGUUGUUUAGUGUUUUCUUAUUGCUAUGUCUUUGCUUUUGUUCCAGAAACUAAAGGGUUACAAUUAGAAGAUGUCAAUUUAAUGUGGGAAGAAGGUGUCUUACCAUGGAAAUCUGCUUCUUGGGUUCCACCAUCUCAAAGAGGAACUGAUUAUAACGCUGAAGCUUUAGCUACUGAUGACAAGCCAAUUUACAAGAGAAUGUUCAGCAAGAACUAA